CUCACAUGAAGCUGCAGGGGUAGAAAAGAUCUGUACCAUCUGCUCUGAGACAGGAGUUCUUCCACGCCCAGCAUGAUGCAUGGAACCAUCAGAUCAGUAUCUUGUGUCUGGGUGGUGUGGGUCUGUCUGUUCUUCUGCAGCAGCGUGACCAUGGUAGGUGCAGCGCCCAUCUGUGCCAAUGCCCAGGGUGGGUGCCACGUUCUCUCCUUGGCAAACUUGUUUGACCGGGUCAUCCAACACUCAGCCAGGACGCACGGCAUUUCAAACAACCUUCACACCGAGUUUGAGCAGUACUUCAUGCCCAGUAAGAAUCACAUCGGUCGGGUCAGUCGAAACUGUCACACCUCCAGCAUCCUCACCCCAAAUGGAAAGGACAACGCUCAGAGAAUGGCGAGGGAGGAGCUGACUGAGGUGAUCCUGAAGCUGUUGGUGGCAUGGAGGGAUCCCCUGUGGCAUUUCCAUCAGAGCAUGGCGCACCACCACGACUUCAACAACUUCAGCUCCAAUAAAGCCCUAGAGAUGAGCAACAUGGUGCACGAGCUCCACAAAGGUGUGGAGAAAGUGGCUGAGAAGAUGCAGGUGCUGGGGAUAAUAAGCAACACCGUCAGCAGCCUGGUUUCUCCUGAGGCUUUGCUGGCCUCCGACAGCAGUGAGUGGCGCCCGAUGAGAGACUAUGACCUCCUCUACUGCUUUCGCCGAGACUCCAACAAGGUGCAGAACUACCUGAAGAUCCUCAAGUGUCGCAUCAUCCCAGAGCACGGAUGCUAAAGGCCGGAACAAGACGGAGGCUUCCUCUGUCUUGAUGGAAUGUUAGGACUUUGGAACGAAAUGCACUUGAGACUGCACGGAUGAAGCUGUACGGAAGUUAACUGAUCUGCACUAAUCUUUACUGCCAUCAUGACUGGAGUUCUACUGGAAACUAAAGACUAUGCCCCCAACCUCUCUUUUAAUGCCUGAUAUGGUGUGGAGUGUGGACAAACGUCAGUAAAGAGUGGAGAGAAUGGAAUGAGUGUAAUGUAAUGAUAUACUCCUAAACACCACAUUUAAAUAUUAUAUCAUAUGAAACAUUAAAAAAGAAAACCCUGGGGAAAUGGGUUCUUUGUUUCUACUUUGAGUGUACGGUAUGUCUCACUUAAGUAGGAUAUGCAAGUGUUGCUGGUUCAAAAUAAUGUACAAAUAGAUGAGAAGAUUUAUAACCCAGGUGUGGGAGGGCAAAGUGAUGCUUAAUAUCCAUUACCAUUUAGGUUUAAAUAGGUUACAUCAGGUAGAGAAAACAAUUGUAUGCCUGCUAAUUUCCCCUUAAAUGAAGUGGCCCAACUUUGUUUAGAGGAAAGGUUAUGGGGGAGACAACCCUGUGACAGUAACCGCUCCAAACUGCACAGUGAGGAAAUAUAAACCAAAAUACAGUUAAUUUCAACC